UGGCUGGUGACCUACCCAGAGGUCCUUGCUUUGCUGGCCAGUCGUGCAUCAUAUACUGAUGGAAAGUCAAAACACUGGGUUUUUCCAGCCGCCUUUAGCUUCCUUCUAGGAAGGAAGACGUUUCGGGGGUCUUUACAUUUAUAGUCCUAGCCCGGCUUUGAUUUUCACUCAGGAAGUUAGUGAACACAUACAUGUGUCAGCUGUAGCCAGUGUCUGCCCUCCCUCGUUCCUUGUGGGCCCCACACCCUCUAAGCUCUGUGGCGGGGGCUGUUGACAUGAGCUGUCAGCUUGCCCUGGCUGGGGUGUGGCUUGGCACUGGGUGCCCUUGGCCAAGCCUGGGCUUCCUCGUGGGUUUGCACCACCAUGCUGGGCAACAAGAGUUCUUGGGGAGUUGGGUGAGGUGAUAUUGUCCAGCUCAGUCUCUUCAUUCAUCCCGCAGCUUCUUCACCUGUAACCUUGUAGCUUCCUUGUCCCUGGGUUCUGCAUUACCUUGAGUAUGAGUAUGGUAUGUGUGUUCCUACCCAGAAUCCCACAGUGACUCUUAGUUCCUGAACCCUGCCCUUGGCUUCCCUUAAUGUGAAUAAAUGAAAUCAGGAGGGAUGUGUGUAAGAUGUUGUAUGGAGCCUUUAGUCCCUGCGCUUGAGAGGCAGAAACAGGCGGACUUCCGAGUUUGAGGCCAGCCAGAGCGACACAGAGAAACCCUGUCAUGUGGAACUAGCCAGCUUCCUUUGUUGGAUGAUCUACCUUGACCUUCUUUGUACAGACUUUGGAGUGGCGUUCAAGUAUAGCAGAGAGACAGUGCACAACUUUGAAGCUGCGUCUGGUGCAGAACCAGGGCAGUCCUGACUUCAACACAGCAGCUUCGGUGGCCUGACAUCUGGUGUGAGGCUGUGGAGGUAGUGGACAAAACUGAUUCAACGCUGGGUGGUGGAGAGCCUUGUGCUCAGUCUUUAGCACUGGGGAGAGAGACCAGCACAUCCUGGUGAUUAAGCCCUUGGGAGUUUCUUGUGUUCCUCUGGGCACAUCUCUCAAGAGCCAUUUUCUUUAUCCGGUUGCUUGUCACAUCUCUGGACAGGCCACACCUCCACCCACAAGCGGGGGAAGUGGGAGGGGAAUGUUGAAGGCUUUCCCAGGGUUGCUGCAAGGCCCAGGUCAGCAAGCUCUGUACCUGAUGACUCAUGGGUAUUUUUCUGUUGUGAAUGCGUUGUCUGCCAUCUGUGAUCCCUCCCACUCUCCCUUCCUUUCUUUGGACAGUCUCACUGUAUACACAGGCUGGCCUGGAACUCAUAAAGAUCCAUCUGUCUCUGCCUCCUGAGUACUGAGAUUAAAUGUCUGUUCCACUAUGCCUAGGGAUCCUGGUCUUUCCAAAAGUUAUCCCUGCCUCUAUUACCAGUUGGACUCCCACCAGGAGAUCUAACAUCCAUUUCUGUCAUUGGUGAGCACCACACAUGAACAUGGUGCACAAACAUACAUGCAGGCAAAUAUACACAUAAAAUAAUUUUUUAAUUAAAAGAUGUAUUUUUCUUUUAUGUGUAUGUGUGCAUGUUAUUCCAGAAGAAAAUGUUGAAUCCUCUGGAACUGGAGUUACUGUAAGCUUCUAUGUGGGUGCUAUGAACUGAACCCAAGUUCUCUGGAAAAGAAGCAAACUCUCUUAACCACUGAACCAUCUUUCCAGUCCCGCCCGUCCCAUUACACACACCUCCCCCCUCCCCCCCUUGAUGCAUGGUGUCUCACCUGUCUUUUUACCUGUUUUUUUUUUUUUUUUUUUUUCUGGGAUGGGUUUCCAGACAGGAUUUCUUUGUAUGUCCUAGAACUCACUCUGUAGACCAGGCUGGCCUCAAACUUACAGAGAUCCACCUACCUCUGCCUCCCAAGUGCUGGGAUUAAAGGCGUGUGCCCCCACCGCCCAGCUUUACCUUCUCUUUACCUAACACUCCUUGCAUGCUGGAAGUUAUAGGAGGAGCAAGGUCCUCUGGCAGCCACUACCUGAGCAAGCUUCCCACCCCGUCAGUCUCCCCUGGAACUGGGCUGUCAAUCCCACAUGGCUGAUUCCAGAGGUCCUUGCCUGACCUCUGGACCCUAUGCUGCCCAGCCCAGGGCUCCUCAGAGUAACCCAGCCUCACACCCAGACCUGACCUGGCCUAAGCUUCCUCCUCAGAUCAUGACCCUUUUCCUAGGACUCUUCUCUCCCUAACACCUUGGUUUUGUCUCCUUUGCCCCUGCCUAGCCUCACAGGGAUGUCCACAGGAAGGGAGGGUCUUGCUGCUGGGGAUGCCCCAAGAUAACCUGCUCUUCUGUCGCCCACUGGGGCAGUCUAGAUGGACAGUCUUGGUCUCUCUGCCUGGAAAAGGGCAGGUUUUGUUCACCUAGAGCUCCGGGCCUGUUGGCAUCAGACCCAACACACCCAGCCUUUGGCCUGCCCUGCCCAUGAACCUUUUCCUAUGCCUUUUCCUGUACUUCCGUUCCCUUCUUGAACCAGCCCUGUGUCUCCUUCCCUACCUCUCAGCCUGACCCAGGUGUAUGUAGAUUAGAUUUACCUCCACCAGACUGGUAUGCCUGGGCCUUGAUGGCCCUGUUUCUGCUUGGCAGAUCCACACCCCAUUCCUAUGCAGACUUGGCUCAGUGGCCCCUUGACAUCACUUCUGCCUGCAGUUGAUAAUCAUGUUUCUUGGUUCUUAGCCUCGGUGGGACAAGGUAAAGCAGGUCUCUGGUUCCCCUGCACUCUCAUCCCAGCCCUCUGGUUGCCAGCCAGGCCCUUCAUAAGAACUCUGUCUGGCUUCUGGUCAUACUCAUUACAGGAUGUGUGCUAUCUCCCUGCCUCUCCUCUGGGCACCUCGGGCUGUUCACAGAGAUGUGCUGUGGGUGAGCAACAAGCCAGCAUGUGUAGGGCAUGAACGCACAAGACGAGAGGUGGCUAGCACAGGUUGUCUUUGGGAAGAAGCUUCCUGCCUUUGCCAUGAUCCCCAUCCACCAGCUCCAGCACGAGAAGAAAUACGACAUCUAUUUUGCAGAUGGAAAGGUGUUUGCAUUGUACAGGCAGCUGUUGCAGCAUGAAUGCCCACGGUGCCCCCACCUGCCAUCCUUUGGCCUCUUCGGAGACUUGGAGCAGCACAUGCGGAAGCAACAUGAGCUCUUCUGCUGCAAGUUGUGCCUCAAGCACCUCAAGAUCUUCACCUAUGAGCGCAAGUGGUACUCACGCAAGGACCUGGCUCGUCACCGCAUGCAGGGUGACCCUGAUGAUACAUCCCAUCGGGGACAUCCACUCUGUAAGUUCUGUGAUGAGCGUUACCUGGACAACGAUGAGCUGCUCAAGCACUUGCGCCGUGACCACUACUUCUGCCAUUUCUGUGACUCUGAUGGGGCCCAGGAUUACUAUAGUGAUUAUGCAUACCUGCGUGAACACUUCCGGGAGAAGCACUUUCUGUGUGAGGAGGGCCGCUGCAGCACUGAACAGUUCACCCAUGCCUUCCGCACUGAGAUAGACCUCAAGGCUCAUAAAACAGCUUGCCACAGCCGCAGCCGGGCUGAGGCACGCCAGAACCGGCAGAUUGACCUUCAAUUUAGCUUUGCACCACGGCAUUCACGCCGGAGUGAGGGAGUCGUCAGUGGUGAGGACUACGAGGAGGUGGACAGGUACAACCGCCAGGGCCGAGCUGGCCGGGCCAGCGGGCGUGGAGCCCAGCAGAACCGCCGGGGAAGCUGGAGGUACAAGAGGGAAGAAGAAGACCGAGAAGUGGCAGCUGCUAUCCGGGCCUCCGUGGCUGCUCAACAGCAAGAGGAUACUCAUAGGGCUGAGGACCGGGAAGAGGGUAGCAGGCCCAAGAAAGAGGAUGCAGCAGCCAGAGGGUCUGAGGAGCCCCGUGGCUCCCGGCGCCUGCCUCGGACUCAGGGUGAAGGCACAGGCUCCAAGGAAGCCUCAACAAACGGUCCUGUAAGCCAAGAAGCCUUCCCAACCACAGGCCCAGGACCAGUGGCUGCCCCCUCAAACACCCUCCCACCACCUAACCCCAAGCUCAAGGAUGAAGACUUCCCCAGUCUCUGUGCCUCCACUUCCUCCUGCACAGCGGUUACCCCAGGCUCUGUGGGCCUGGCACUGGCUUAUCCUGGUCCUCCCAGGGGCAAAAACACCUUCCAGGAAGAGGACUUCCCUGCCUUGGUUUCCUCGGCACCCAAGCCCAGCAGUGCCCCCUCUAGCCUCAUCUCAGCUUGGAACAGCAGCUGCAGCAAGAAAGGGAACCCACCUACACCAGGGGCCCAGGCUGUAAUUGGUGGCAGCCAGCCUCCCCGGAAGGCAGGGAAGGGGAGCAGGGGUGGCCGGAAGGGUGGCCCAGCCCCAGUAGAUGAGGAGGAGGGUGGUGGCCUCACUGUGCAGGAGCUUCGGAGUGUGCCCACUACAGUGGCUGUUUCUUCUUUGCUGGCACCAACUGCCAACCAGAGUUCUACCAAGGUUGGCAAGAAGAAGAAGGUGGGCUCUGAGAAGACUGGUGCUGCGUCAUCCCCACUGCUGCCCCCUGAUCACAUCCCAAAGCCCUCUGGGGCUGAGCAGGCCCCUGACUCCUCUCUAAGCAAAGCUGAAGUGCCAGUAACCAUUGUCAAUGGACAUUCGGAGGGGCCAGCCCUGGCCCGGAGCACCCCAAAGGAGCCUCCAGGGCUUCCACGGCCUCUGGGUCCCCUCCCCUGCCCCAUACCACAGGAGGACUUCCCAGCACUUGGAGGCCCUUGUCCACCCAGGAUGCCCCCUCCCCCAGGCUUUAACACCAUGUUGCUUUUGAAGAGUACACCGUCUCCACCCCCACUCCCACCAGGCCUGGUGCCUCCCUUCAGCAAGCCUCCCCCUGGCUUCUCCAGUUUCCUGCCUAGUUCCCACUCAGCCUGUAUUCCCAGUCCCACCACCACCACCAUGAAAGCACCCCGGCUAACACCCACGCCACGAGCCUACUUAGUUCCUGAGAACUUCCGGGAGAGGAACCUACAGCUCAUCCAGUCCAUCAAGGACUUUCUGCAGAGUGAGGCCUGCUUCAGCAAGUUUAAGAGCCAUUCAGGGGAGUUCAGACAGGGAAUGAUCUCUGCGGUUCAGUACUACAAAAGCUGCCGGGACCUGCUUGGGGAGAACUUCCAAAAGAUCUUCAGUGAGCUGCUGGCGCUCCUACCAGACAUAGCCAAACAACAGGAGUUGCUGUCCGCACACACUGACUUCUGCAGUCGUGAGAAGCCUCCCAGCUCCAAGCCUAAGAAGAACAAGAAGAAUGUGUGGCAGACCAGCACCCAACAGCUGGGCCUGGACUGCUGCGUGUGCCCCACCUGCCAGCAGGUACUGGCACACGGUGACAUCAGCAGCCACCAGGCACUGCACGCUGCCCGGGACGAUGACUUCCCCUCCCUUCAAGCCAUUGCCAGGAUCAUUACGUAGCUCCUGCUGGUGAGGGCAAGAGCUGUCACACCCUAGCGCCUCCUUCCUCUUCCCAGCUGCCAGGCAGCUAGGCUGGGCCCUGGGAAGGCUGAGGCUCAGGCCGCCUGGUUAUCCAGGCCUGCCAGGAGGGCAUCAGGGAAGGUCUACCCUGUGCACCAUCACUUAAGUUCUGUCCCCUGCUUGGAAGAGAGCCAAUCUUGGUUUGUAUUGGGAUUUUGGAAUGUGCCAGGGGAGGGAAGGACUGGGAUGUUGGGACCUGAACCUGUGGUCAUAGCUAGAUGUCUCAGUGGCCUGAAGAGCCCUCCUGAGUCGAGCCCACAGCUGACAGCUUCGGGUGUACUGGUGCUGGAGUCAGAGUCAGUGUGCUGUGUAGACAAUUGGCUGUUUCAGAGAGAAUGUUCCAGAUUAAACCACACACAAAAUUGUGCUACUUGAAGUUCAAUCUUUUUAUGAGACAAGUUAAACUAAGAUCUCAAAUUGCCUCUGACAUUUUAUAAAAGACAGUUUAUCUUCAAAUAAAUUUAUUUUACAGUACUGCA